AACAAUGCCAAGACCAUGGAAAACAUAAUAUUUUGUGUUCUAAUUGUGUUAUGGAAUGAGCUAACACCACAAGACUGAUCUCAAACACAUCUAGACUUGAACGGGAAAGGAGAGCAAACAGCCUUGUUUUCAGAGGUAUUUCACAAUCCCUUGCUGGAAGAGGACCGCUUACCAGGUGCUGGCUCUGGGCUUUUGGUGGGCUGGGACAUGUUCCCUGGUAGCUCCAGUGGUUUAUGCUCCCUGCCGUCUGGCUGGUGAAGCACUGAUCUGAUGCUGUAUGCAGGGCAAUUCGAGAGACAGAUGUUCAAAAGAAGUGUCUGGUAAUUUUGGCAUAAGGGUAGGAGUGGCUACAGCCAUCAAUGAUCUGCAUUGGGAUUGUCAGAAAUCCCCAGCAAUCUCAGAGAAGAGUUUGUAUGCUCCUGGCUCUGGCCCUUAGUGAGCAUCCCAUCCCCUCCCUUCUUUCCGAAGGUCAGUGAGUGCUGCAACGUGAAUGUGGAUUAGCAUCAGUCCUUAAAUUGUUCUCCAUUGUAGCUGCAGUUAAUGGGUACAUGUCAGAACGACUGCAGCGGUGCCUGCCCCUCUCAGUCCUCUCUCAUUUGAAACAGAGUCCCCAGAGCUCAUGGCAGAUACUUCUAGGACCCUGAGCUCAGCCUUGUGCCACAGCCACCACAACUCAUUGCAAGGCUGCUUUCUUGUCUUUAGCAUUUCCAGACUCACUGAUGGCACUUCCAUCUUUUUCCCUGCUCCACAUGGUCGUAUUUGUAAUACUGUUGCUCUUUCUGCCUCAGUAGGUUCCUGCUAUCCUGAACUGCAGCUCUUUGUGCUCCCGAUUCACUCCAGUCCAUUCAUCUCUUUUUGGUGGCAUAGCGCUGUCGGGGCUGGAUAUUGGGCUCUUUGUUUGUUCAGCCAGCACAAUGCUGGUGAUGGUGGGGCAGCCUGUGCCCCAAGGAGCUCACAUGCUUGGAGUAGAGCAGCAUAGGGGUGCUGGGCUGGGAGCGGAGGUGUGGUGAUGACAGAGCGUGGGCAUAGCUGGGGCACGUCCCCAAAGGGAUGUGGCUCUGCUGAGCACAGGCCUGCUUUGUUCCCAGGAGAUGAGUCGGCCAGGAUAAACACGGCAGUCCCGUCAGCAGAAAGCAUAUCCCUGGCUGGAUCCUCCACUGGCACUCCUAGUGGAAGUCUGCCAUACCUCUAUAGCAGGGCUGUGUUUCUGGUCUGUGUUUGCUAGUGUUCCUGACUUGCCAGGGCUCAGGUGGGCCACACAGGACUGUCUGUUCACGGUGUGCCUUGCUGUAUUGUCACCCUGGUGUGGGAGGACAGCAGCAGGGUCCUGGCUCAGCAGCUGCUUUAAGGGAAGAAGCAGACUUGCUGGGUGCAGGACAUGGCCCUCAGUCCUCUGCGAGGGGGAAAUUUCAGCCUUGUUCCCACGACCUCAGAGAGGGCUUCGAAUCCUUCAGCCUGGCACUGGCCAUGGCUCCAGGGACAGGAGCUCAUGCGAGCAGUAUACACGGGGAGGGGUUUCAUUUGCCCAGCCUGCCAGAAGGGACUAGGUGAGCAGUGAUGUCUGCUGCCUGCCUGCAGAGGCCCCAGUGCGCUCCGGGUCUGCCCUGGCGUCAGGGAAGCAUGGAGCUUCCUCUUCUCUCGCUUCCUUCCUGAUGAGAAUUCAGUCCCAGAUUUUCUUGCGAUUUCUCUCCCUGGUACAGCACAAACACAUCCCAGCAGAGGUAGCCAUGGAGGCUGCACAAGGCAGGUUGGACUGCUGGAGAACCCCACUCCUGUGGUAGCAAGGUCUGAGGCACAAGGGGGGGUUCAGUGAGCUCAGGACAAGACCCCCUCACAGUAUCCCUGCCUCUAACGCUUGGGAAGGGCUUCCCUUUCUGAAAUGUGAUUAUUUUGGGUGUUUCUUGCUGCUAAUGGACUUCUCGCUGUGUCUCAGCCAUAGGUACCAAUCUGCCUGCAGAGCCCACACAAUGGAGGCUGGCUCUGUGGUACGAGCCGUCUUCGAUUUCUGUCCCAGCGUUUCUGAGGAGCUGCCCCUCUUUGUGGGAGAUGUCAUCGAGGUGCUGGAUGUGGUGGAUGAGUUCUGGCUGCUCGGCAAAAAGGAAGGCGUCACGGGGCAGUUUCCUAGCAGCUUUGUGGAAUCUGUGGAUAUUCCCCUUCUGAAGCAGGGAGAGAAGCUGUUUGUUUGUACAAGUGACUUCACAUCUCAAGAGCCAGGGAGCUUGUCAUUGCAGAGAGGAGACCUGGUGAUCCUGGGUGGCCCCCUGGCCUCCAGCUGGCUCCAGGGCCGAAGCAGCUGGGGAUCCAAGGGCUUUUUCCCUUCAUCAUGUGUGCGGGAGUUGUGCCUUUCAGUUCGGAGCCAUCAGCUGUCCCACAGCUCUCUCCUGGAGGUGCCUGCCUACUCACUGGGCCAAGCCCGGGCCUUGAUGGGCCUUUCUGCUCAGCUGGAGGAGGAGCUGGACUUCAGAGAAGGGGAUGUGAUCAACAUCAUUGGAAUCCCAGAGCCUGGCUGGUUUGAGGGGGAGCUGCAAGGCCACAGGGGCAUUUUCCCAGAGGGUUUUGUGGAGCUGCUUACUCCUCUGAGAGCAGCAGGAACCUCAGAGGAUCGAGAGCCUGCAGAGACUUGUGACACCAAUGGGACCAUGCCCAGCAAGCAGGAGGAGGACAGCAGAGAGGACAGAGGGCAGGAGCCAGGGAGCACCUAUGGUGUUGCCCUAUACCAGUUCCAAGCCUUGGAGUCCGAGGAACUGGAUUUUGAUGUGGGUGACAGGAUUCGGAUUGUGGGCAUUCUGGAGGAUGGCUGGCUAGAGGGGGAGCUGAGGGGGAAACGCGGUAUCUUCCCACACAGAUUUGUGAGACUGGAGGCCUCCGACACUUGCACAGAAAAGGUGGGUGCUAGUGAUCCCCAGCCUGGAGGCAGCUGUGAAGUGACUAUCCAUCAAGACUCAGAGAACACCUGCUCCAAAGUUCUCCCUUUGCCAGGGAAAGACAGCUGGGACAAGGAGGAUGGCUUGGCUGCACACCCUGAACCUGACGCUGUUGUAUCUCACUUGGCAGGGAGAUCUGAGGCUCCUUUGGGCACUGAUUUGAGGCAGUGUAAGGCCUUUCCUGACACAGGGUUCCAGGGACCACAUCCCAAAGCUACAGCAGAUUCCCUCCCCUUUGAAUGCACGAAGACGAUCAAUGGCCUUCUACCCUCUACUCAGCUGCCUCUUCAGCAGAGCAGCGAGCCUGACCAAGCAGGUGUAUUGGAGCCUCCGGCCCUGCCUGAGCAUGAUGGAGGCAGACCCACUGUGUCCCCACAGGCUCCCUGCUCCCCACCAGACACUUGCGGAAGCCAGGCCAUUUCUCCUCCUAACAGCAGGGCAGCAUCAGAGCUCCAGGAGAAACGGAGCAGCAUCCGGGACCUGGAUGGUUGGGUGGACAACCAACAAAAGUCGAAACCUUGUUCCUCCAGCUGGGGAGGUGUCCAUAUGGGCCUGGACACAUGGUCUGGGAGCUGGGGGGAAUGCUCCUCACUGGCAGCACAGGGGGACAGUGGCACAGACCUCGACUCCAAACUGACAGAGCAGCUGGUGCAGUUUGAGAAGAGUCUGUCAAGUACCAGUGCUGAGCAGGACAAGGUCUGCCGCCACUUCUCUAUCUUGGACUAUAGCUCUGAGAAGGACAUUGUUCGUGGGUCUCCCGAGUGUGCCCCCCAUGCCAAGCUGCCAGAAAGGAGGAAGGCCCUGAGACCACCCCCUCCUCGGCCCAGCACCCUUGCAACAACUCCCAAGCCCAAAGGCCGGUCUCUGUCAUUCUCAGUGAAGCCCUCCCGACCCGCUCCCCGGCCUCCAUCAAGCACUCAGCGGAGGAGCAUGGUUCCUCCACAGCUGCAGCCCAGUGUUGCAGAGCAGCGUGCAGAGGAAAGCCGUGAGGAUGCAACGCGGACAGGCUCGGCUUCCCCCUGCUCCAUCCUGCUAAUGAGGAUUGGAGAGGUGGAAAGAUUCCUGGAGGCUUACAGGAAGACCCACGCUGAACUCAGCUUGCUGCUGGAGGAGCAGCAGGAUGAGCUGGUGAGAGCAGAGACCCUGGAGAACCUUGAGUUCUGUGACUCCAACAUCGAGAGCCUCAGCAUGGAGCUGCAGGAGCUGAGAGAGAUGACCCUCCUGUCAUCUCAGACACCAUCCCUGGAGACAUCCUCAGCUGCCACUGAGAGCCCAGAGCACAGGAUGCUGGAGAAGAGGUCCAAGGUUAUUGAGGAACUGCUCCAGACAGAGAGGGACUACAUCCGAGACCUGGAGAUGUGCGUGGAAAGGAUCAUGGUGCCCCUUCAGCAGGCACAGGUUCAGAAUGUAGACUUUGAGGGUCUUUUUGGAAACAUCCAAGUGGUAAUUAGCUUCUCUAAGCAGCUGCUGUCCACCUUGGAGGCUUCAGAUUCCAUCGGGCCAGUGUUCCUGGCACAACGUGCAGAGCUGGAGAGCGUUUACAGGGUGUAUUGCCAGAACCAUGAUGAGGCCAUUGCACUGCUGGAAACCUAUGAGAAGGAUGAGAAGAUCCAGAAGCUACUCGUGGACCUGCUGGAUAGCCUCAGGAGCCUGUACAGUGAGUGGGGCUGCACAAACUACAUUAACCUGGGCUCCUUCCUCAUCAAGCCAGUACAAAGGGUGAUGCGGUACCCCCUGCUGCUGAUGGAGCUGCUGAGUGCUACCCCUGAAUCUCACCCUGACAAGGCACCACUCACAGCUGCUGUCCUUGCAGUCAAAGAAAUCAAUGUCAACAUUAAUGAGUACAAGCGUCGGAAGGACCUUGUGCUUAAGUACCGGAAAGGAGAUGAGGAUAGCCUCAUGGAGAAGAUCUCCAAGCUCAACUUCCACUCUAUCAUCAAGAAAUCCAACCGUGUGAGCAGCCACCUCAAACAUCUCACAGGCUUUGCACCCCAGCUGAAGGAUGAAGCCUUUGAGGAGACAGAGAAAAAUUUCCGGAUGCAGGAGCGACUCAUCAAGUCCUUCAUCAGGGACCUUUCACUCUACCUGCAGCAUGUUCGGGAGUCGGCCUGCAUGAAGGCACUGGCAGCAGUCAGCAUGUGGGACCUGUGCAUGGAGAAAGGCAACGGGGACCUGGAUCAGUUCCAGAAAGUGAACCGACUCAUCAGCGACCAGCUGUUCUCCAACUUUAAAGAGCGGACAGAGCGGCUGGUGAGCUCACCCCUGAACCAGCUGCUGAGCAUGUUUGUAGGGCCCCACAAGCUGGUGCAAAAACGCUUCGACAAGCUCCUCGACUUCCACAACUGCACAGAGCGAGCGGAGAAGCUGAAGGACAAGCGAACACUGGAGGAGCUGCAGUCAGCCCGCAACAACUACGAGGCCCUCAAUGCCCAGCUGCUGGAUGAGCUGCCCAAGUUUUUGUGCUUUGCCAAGGAGCUGUUCGCCAGCUGUGUGCGGGGCUAUGCUGAGGCACACUGUGACUUCGUGCGCCUGGCCCUGGAGGAGCUGAGACCUCUGCUGUCGUUGCUGAAGGCGUCUGGCCGGGAGGGGAACCUCAUUGCCAUCUUCCAGGAGGAGCACAGUCGAGUCCUUCAGCAGCUCCAGGCCUUCACCUUCUUCCCAGAGUCACAGGCAGUUCCCAGGAAGCCUUUUGAGAGAAAGACCAUGGAGCGUCAGUCUGCCCGGCGGCAGCCACUCGGUGCCUUGCCCAGCUACAUCCUGCAGUCAGAUGACAUCCGAACAGCCCUCCUGGCCCGCUAUCCCCCUGACAGUCUCUUCCAGGCAGAUCGCAAUUUCAAUGCUGCCCAAGACCUGGAUGUCUCACUGCUGGAAGGAGACAUUGUGGGAGUCAUCAAGAAGAAGGACCCUAUGGGCAGCCAGAAUCGCUGGCUCAUAGACAAUGGGGUGACCAAAGGCUUCGUGUACAGCUCCUUUCUGAAGCCCUACAACCCGCGCCGCAGCCAGUCAGAUGCAUCAGUGGGCAGCCACUCUUCCAACGAGUCUGAGCACAGCAGCUCUUCUCCCCACAGCAGCACCACGCUGACCUUCAGCCCCAGCAGGGCGGCUGUGGCCUUCACGCAUAAACCUCCCCAGGACUCUGCCUCACUGGGAGAGCUGUGCCACUCUCCACAAUCUGCCUUGGAGAUGGACUCACCAAGCUCUGGUGACAGGACAGCCCCACUGGAGGCCGGAGCAGUGACAUCUCCACGCCACUACAGCCGACCUGAGCCAGGCUACAGCCCCAGCCCUCGCAAUGGGCACCCCACGAAAGCUCAUCUUAGGUCUGCAUCCUUGGUGGAGGACAGAGACUCCGGGCUUGAGAGCAGCGAGUCAGAAGGCAACCAGCAGGUUUAUUACGCUCUCUACACCUUCAAAGGUCGAAACACCAAUGAGCUGAGUGUGUUGGCUAACCAGAGACUCAGGAUCCUGCAGUUUGAAGACAUCACAGGCAAUCGGGAGUGGUGGCUGGCCGAGGCACACGGCAAGCAGGGCUACGUGCCCUCCAGCUACAUCCGGAAGACAGAGUACACGUGAGGUGGGGUGUCAGGAGGCCCCACCCUGUGCCUUGUGCCUACCAGGACUGCCCGGGGGCCACGGCCUCCACUGCUUGCCCUAAGGGGCCGAGGCUGUGCCGUGGGAAAGAGGGAAGGUGGGCUGGCAGAGCAGGCACUUUGCCUAAGGGCAGGGGCCAGCUGCUGUCGCCCUGUGCUGUUUUAUCCUCCAGCCAGGAGCAGAGUGGGGCUGUAACCCAGGGGGGAAUGGCUCGACCAAGGCUGAGGAGCUACUCUGGAUUUAAAUUGUAGAAGACUAUUGCUGAGGCCAUCCUUAGCUGAAGUGUUAAAAACAGCCUGGAGCCUUGUGAACAUGUUCUCGGUGCCUUAGCAGCGGCAGGUCCUGCCUGUCUGUGCAGGACCCCAGUUCGAGGAUGUCUGUUCUGGCCAAAGGAAGCUGCUCUGAAGAUUGCUGUGAGUAGUUCAGCUCCACAGUGAGCCCAGUCUUCAGGAGCAACCACAGCAGAGCCCCGAUGGGUACUGUGCCCACGUGCUUGGUCUCCUGCAGCUGGGGCCUCUCUAAGCUCUGCUGCUAGCAGCAGCCAUUAGGCGCUUGCCUCUCAGACCAGCUGUAGGCUCUGAACACCAUCUUGCCUUGCCCCAUACUGUCUCCAGUGUCCAGAACCCGCUCUUUGUUCUGGCGUGCCCACACUGCUCCUCUGGGGCAAGACAAAAGGCAAAGCACCGGCUGUCCUGCAGCCUCAUUUUUUGUGGGCUCUGACCAGGAGUGCCUUACACGUGCAUGCUGCAGGGCACUGGAGCUUGUGCUUAUGUUCUGGGAGGGAUGCUGUGCCCUUUGUGGGGGUGCUGUGUCUUAUGUGCUGCUGCCAUGACCUGAAGGAAGGAAGCUCCUUUCUCCUUGGGGCAGUGUUUGUGUCCCCUGUACUGCUGCUCCAUAAAUAAAGAUUUGCCCUUGUGUAUAGGAA